UGAUAAAGCAGGCGGAGGAGGAGGAGCGGAUGAAGCUGGAGCUGGCCAUGGACUCGGAUGGUUGCUCUGACGACCUCAGCUCGGAGGAGGUCGACCUGGACGCUGCCCUCUUCGGGAUGGAGGCUGACGAGGAGGAGUGCCGGAGCAUCCGCAGGCAGUACCGGCAGCUGAUGGACAGUGUGCGGAAGAACCGCGAGGACAUCAUCAACACGGCCAGCAGCUCGCUCACCGAGGCGCUGGAGGAAGCCAACGUGCUGUUCGACGCCGUGAGCCGCACCAGGGAGGCGGCCCUGGAUGCCCAGUUUCUCGUUCUGGCUUCCGACUUGGGGAAAGAGAAGGCGAAGCAGUUGAAUUCGGAUAUGAGCUAUUUUAACCAAGCCGCGUUUUGUGACUUCCUGUUUAUAUUUGCGGGCCUGAACUGGCUGGAGGAGGAGCACGACGAGCUGAGUAGCUAUGAAGAUAACGUGGCCCUUCUCUUCUGGGACGCGCUGCAGAAGGAAGCGACGUCCUGGACGCAGCGGGCCGAGAGCUUCCACUACCUGUAUGGUUCGUUCAAGCCUGCGCUGCGGAAGGCACGCUCUGAACAGCAGAAGAGAGUUGGCCAAAUGACAGGGAGUGGCGACAUGCCCACCAAGCUGAGGAAGCUGGACCUGAGCAGGAGCCAGGAGGCCACCGAGAAGGAAGUGGAGAGAAUCCUGGGGUUGCUGCAAACCUACUUCCAGGAGUACCCCGACACUCCCGUGCCCUACUUUGAGUUUGUGGUUGAUCCAAACUCGUUCUCUCGCACCGUGGAGAACAUAUUCCACGUUUCCUUCAUUAUAAGGGAUGGCUUUGCGAGAAUAAGGCUGGACCAGGACAGACUGCCAAUAUUAGAGCCGAUCAGUACCACCCAGGCAGGUGAAGAAGGUGAUGCCGGCUUCCAUGGCCGGAAGCAAGGAAUCAUCUCUCUUAGUUUGCAAGAGUGGAAAAAUAUUGUGGCAACUUUUGAAAUUUCAGAGGCUAUGAUCACAAAUUCAUACUAGACAGAGUUUUGUUUUAAGUUUAAGCCGUUUUGCGUUGCCAGGACUAUCUCAAGAAAUAGUCAGUAAAAUCUAAACAGAAGCAUAUACUGUAUAUCCCGGGUCAAGUGAAAAAAGUAUUGCAUAAACAUCGGAGAUUUUACUCUGUAGUGUAUUUUCCUUGGUAGUUUGCAAUGUCAUGGUCAUCUAUUAAAACAAAAUUCACUGA